AUGACUCUCUGUAGAAGGAUCUGCUCAGUUUUCAAGAGAGUGGGCCAUCAGAAGAACAGAGUCCGCACUCACCCUUUGAGAGAGGAGACCUACAAUUCAAGCAAAGAUUGUCCCUGGCAGAAAGAAAAGGCAGACGCCCUGGAGGAAGAGCUGAAUGAAAAUGAAUCGCAGGUCUGCUUUUGCAACUUGAGGAAUCUCCGAGAAGAAAAUGGCCCUCCCCAAGUGCAAGAGUCCACCAACAAUUUAUGCACCUUGGCAGAGACCAAACUGGCCGGAGUCUUGCAGGCCAUUUGCAAAUAUCGCCAUAGCAUCCAUAAGAUCUCUCCAAAACACCGGUUGCGUAUCAACCAAAUCCUGCAGGCUGUGAUCAGAUCUGCCAGUCAUAUAGACCACAAAUUAGCCAAAGUCAUCAUCAAGUUGGCUGCUGAAGAUAUGCUAAGAACCACCGAUCUUCAGGACUUGUAUCAGGACGCAGCGGGUGACAUCCUGGUGGCCCUUUGGAACCACUUCCCAGCCGAGGUCCUCACCAAGCUCUUGGAGGGCUUCCAAGGGAGGCUGAUUCCAUAUCGCAGCAUCCUCUGUGUGUUGGGGAAACUGGCAAACAAAGCUUUCACAGAGAGUGACGCCGUGAAGAUUGACGUAUGGGAACGAAAGCUGGUGGAGUUCGCAGAGCGACUUUUAAUUGACGUCACCGACAAAGUUUGCUUUGAGGAGCUCAAUCAAGCACUGAGGAAAGUGGACCAGAAAUGCAGCACCCAAAGCCCUGAGCGGAUCUUCCUGUAUCAGUACUGCGGAGCCAUCCUGCGUGCCUCAGAUGACCCUCAGCUAAUCCAGGUCCAGCUCUUCACCCUCCUGGCCAUGUGCCAGCGAGGAGCCCCCGAGGCAAAGGGCAUCUCUGCUGCUUGUGGCCUGGCUGCCUCUCGCCACAUGGAUGAAGUUUUUAAGGCACUGGACAGUUUCGGCAGGAAUCUUUCCACCACAGAGACCUUUGUGUCCAAAACUGGCCAGCUCUGCCAACGGAACACGCUUCUGCUCUGCUAUGGCCGAGUGGCGCUGGGCAUCAAGGAGGAGGUCCUCCCGCGAGUGGAGCUCAUCGUCACCAGGCUCAUCGACUGCUUCCUGAUUGACCCCUCGGACCUGAAUCUGAAGAAGAGCUUCCUGAUUGCUGUGCUCAUGCUCCUCGAAGCCAUUGCGGCCACGGGGAAAGCCGGGGUGAUACGGCUGCACCCGAAAGCACGCCUCGUGGAGUGCCUAAUAGUGCUGAUAGAGAGGGAACCCAUCCACCUCCUGGGCAGCACGGUGCGUCAAGACGCGAUGUAUAUCGCUAAAGAACUCAGCCACCUGAAGCCUCUUCUUGAGCCAGAGAAGAAAUCCAGCCUCCUCCACGCCUCUUUCAAAAGUGUCUUUUGCUUGGCCCCAAUGGAGAUCCUGGAAGGACAGUCUUGCAUAGACGAGAAGACGUUGGAUACCAAGGCCUUCUACCAGCAGACCGUCGGCUGCUUCGAGGAGAUGCUGCAGGCUCUGCUCCUGGAGAACCCGCAGCCCAGCGAACUCAAGCACAUGAUGGAGCUUAUAGAACCAUGGAUGGUGUCAAAGUUAGAUCAUGUGCGCGAAAGAGCCGUGGAGACAGCAAUGAAGCUCUUGAAGUUUGUAGCUGAUCGCUUCCACCUUGACCUCUCUCGGGAAUUUAGCAAGCUGGCCCACCUGACGGCCCUUUUGAUUGGUCUGUGCAAUGACCGGGUGCCGUGCAUUAGUUCUUUUGCCGUGCAAGGAGUCAGCUGUCUCUAUGAGAUCUUACUGCACCGUAAAGGUCUGAGCACAAGCAAGCAGAAGAAGCGGAAGUGGACGAUGAAGAGGAGCGUGAAAUUCCAGGAAGAGGACAGCCCUGCUGGUCGAGCACCGGGCGGCAGUUGGCAGAUAGCGAUGCAUUGCGGUGACCAGCUCUUCUCCGUUCAGCUGACCAACCUCUUGCUCUCCGUUCUGGACUACUUGAGAGGGUCCGGUCCAGAAGUACUGGUGGCAGCAGAAGAGGUCCUCAGUGCAGUUCUGCAGAGCCAUGCCAUGAAGGUGGAAAGGGUCAGCGAUGUGGUUGCAGGCGUCUACACGUGCUUGCAGCCGGGCCGUGCUUCCUGCUGGACCCGGAAGGUGGUGCUGAGGGCUCUAACCUUGAUGAUCCCAUGUCGCCUGGAGGAAGUCGUAGAGAGCUGCCUAUCCUAUUCCAUACCCCUCAACAGACAGGCCAAUGAGCUCUGGGCAGCCAUGGCUUCCAGCCCCAAGGUGGCUGUACAAAUCCUGCACCUCUUACUGAAGAAUCUGCAGGUGAAGGACCCUCCUGGGGGCCGAGAAGACGGCAGCGGCAGCAGCAGCGCAACCACCUCGCUGGCGGCCAUGAAUGUCAUCUACGAGACCUUCCACCUCCCCGGCUAUCGGGCUGCCCUGGCCGAGAUGCACCUUCAGCUCUUCAUCCCUCUCCUGAAGCAGGUCCUCUACGUGAAGCAGCUGGACUUGCCAGAGGCCUUGAAAACCAGGCAGGAGCUCAUCCUGAGGGAAAACCCCACAGCACUCACCUUCCAGAGCACUUCAGUGGAGAUCGUGAAGAGCCUCUUCUCUGUGGCCGGGGACUGGGCAGUCUAUGCCUGCAUUGAGUUCCAGCAAGGCUGGGUGGUGCUCAGCAACCCCCAGCGCUUUUUGCAGGGCACACGUCUGCUGGCACGGGCCAUGACUGAGUGCAACAGUGCCCAGAUCCCGGGAAUCUUUGGGGAGGCUGCCCUCAUUCUCAGCAGUGAGGAGGAUGAGCUGAAGAAGAUGACGGCCUUGGCGCUCGUGAUUGAGUUUCUCAAGAGUUCCUCUGCCAUCAAGAUGAUGAACAGAUUCAGCCUCCGGGAGCAUCUGGAGGAGGGCCUGGCUGCACCCAAUCCCUCGGUGCAAGACCUCUGCCUGAAAGGGCUCAACAGUUUUGUUUUCCAGCAAGGGAAGGUGAAGUCCCUGCGAGACCAGCUUCCAACAAUGAUCAACUCUAUUUUCAGUGGACGUGAGGAAGAUGUUCUGGAUGGGCUGAGUGACCUAAUGACCACACUCUAUGAAAUGGAUGGCCAGGGAGUUGGGCUCAUCUCUGUUGACCUUGCUCUGAACGUCCGCUCAUUUUUUGAGGAUGAAAGAGCGGACGUCCGGGCAACCGCCAUCUCCUUGUUUGGGCAGCUGGUGAUGAGAUCCAAGGAAACGGAGAGAGCCCUACUGAAGAAAGAAGUGGUCUACAGCCUCCUCCCUCUGCUGCUCCAUUUGAAAGACCGGGAGACCACGGUGGCCAUGAGCUGCAAGUUGACUCUCUUGCACUGCGGAGUCUUCCUUGGGUGGGCCCACCUGAAGCUGAUGUUCCGCAGUCUAGCCUGGGAUGAUAUCCGGAGCUGCUUGGUGAAUGUGUGGAAAUAUUUGAUGCGGAACAACCAUGAUAAUAUCCACAUUUUCAUAUCCCAGGCCUUGGGAUUCCUCCAUCACGCCCAGACCGAAAUCAGGAACGGUGCCGCGCGGUUCAUGGGCUACACGCUCAACUAUUACAGCUCAGAACUGUCUAAAAACCUGGAACAGGAGGACCUUUCCCACCUGAGCAAAGUUUUUCAGAAGAUGGAAUCGAGUUUAGACACCAGCAUGGUCCAUUUUGCAAAAAACUACCGGGUAGUUUUGCAGAAAUUGUCCGUGAAAAGGAGGCUGGCCGGAGCUGGAGAGAAGGACCCACACACAAGGGACAGCAGCGCUCCAGAGAAAUCACUUCUGGAGUAUGACAGUAGAGCUGCCAGCCCACUGCUGUUGCCCCCUGAGUCCCCAGGCCCAGGUCGAUCCACGCUGGAGGAGAGGGGGAUUCUGGGCCUGUCCACCCCCAAGCAAGUCAGACGGACACUUGCCCAGCGAGUCGAGACCUGGGCAGGCCCUCAAAAGACCCGCUACUUAGGCAAACGUCUCCGCACCCUCUGA